AUGGGGAAGAAAUUUCAGACAUGUGCAUUCUACCUGAAUAACUUUGCAAGCAAUAUAAUCAAAGAAAAAAAGGAAUCCAUGUUAAGAAGCAUCAUUAACCAGGAACUGAAAGAGGAAAAUUCAGAUAAAAAACAAAAACCCAGGAUCCUUCUAGACUAUUUAUUCGAGUCAUCGCAUGAAGGAAGAAAAUAUUCAGAGCAAGAUAUUAGAGACAAAAUCAAUACGAUGGUUAUUACGGGAAGUGAUACUUCAGCUGUUACUAUCAGCUUUGUCCUUCUAAUGCUUGCUACAUUUCCGCAUAUUCAAAUACUCUAUUUACAUAGUGCAACCCCUACUAUCCUCGUUUCUCAACAGAAAGUGAUGGUGGAGGGGGAAAACGUGGAUUGUUGA